GGAGGACGUGGAAAAGGGAGGGGAUGAGGAGAGGGAGAGGUGAGUGGAAGGGGAUGGGGACGUGGAAAGGUGAGGGGAUGAGGGGAGAAAGAUGUGGAAAAGGGAGGAGGGGAGAUCAGAGGAGGAGAAGGGAGGAGAUAUGGAUGUGGAGAGGGGGGAGAGGAGGGGAUACGGGAGGACGUGGAAAGGGGAGGGGAUGAGGAGGGGAAGGAGUGAGGAGAAAGGAUGGGGGAAGAGGAUAAGGGGAAGAGGGAGGAAGAGGAGAGUGGAGGGGGGAGAGAAGGGGAUGAGGGGAG